AUGGGUGCCAUUGCUGCUCUUGCUGCUAGUCUCGACUUUAAUUUUUCGAGAUACAUCUUGAACGAAAUGGUUGGUAACGCGAAGGGAAAAAGAAAAGAUAGAUUUCUCAUCUAUCCAAGGUUUCUUCAGAUGAUCUUCAACAGCAAAUACUCGAAGCUAGAGAAAAGACGAGAAACAACUGACUUGAAGUACCUUGUCAAUGAUGAAUCAAAAUCCGAAAGCGCCUCAAGGAAUGAAGAUACUGAGGAUGAGGUCAUCACUGCUUCUGAACAUGAAGAGGAUCCUGUUACUCCAGUUGCUAUAGUCGCCGAAGAGCAUAUGUCGGUAUCAAAUGAAGAAAAAAAGGAAGAUGAUAAUGUUGAUGAUGAUGAUGAGAGUGAGUUCGAGGUGAAGCUAAUGGAGAAUGUGGAAGAUGAAGAUGAUAUGUAUCAGGGUGAAGAUCUUUCUGGUUAUGAUCAGGAUGAUUUAUUCUUCAUUAACGAUCAUAAUGAUGAGAUAAGGAUAAGUAAUGAGGACCUCGAAACCUUCUUGGCAAAUGUCAAUGAAGUUGCACAACCGGCAAUGGAGACAGAGGGAGUUCGUGAUGUUCUCAAUGUGACGCCUCCUACCUCUGAUCAAAUGGUCGACCCUUUAACGAAUAUGGAUACAACUUCAAGGAUUCCCCACUUUCUAGUUGCUAAUCCAUCCACUUUUCCAUUUGAAAGUGAUCCUUCAAUGAUGUGA